GUUGCAUAUCUAACAUUUCUCUCUCAAACCCCAACCAGCUCUGUUCUCAUCUACAAGAGAGAAUUAAAGAAAAGAGAAGAGAAGCAGUCCACUCCAGGCCAGGCUGCCUCAAACACCUGACCUGAGCUCAUUUCCACACAACCAGCUGCAGUUUGAAUCCCAGAUUUCACCUCCUCAAAUCUGCCUGAGCAGCUCAGUCCAGCUCCACUCAGUCCAAACAGGCCAAGCAGCCUGCCUGAACAGUCUCCUCUCCUAACCAAACCAAUCAAAAUCUAACCACUCCACUGUCACCAUGGAGCGCGUUCAGCACAUGGCCAAGUCGGCCGUCCGCCGGGCGUCCAUGAUCGAAGUGAAUCCUCAAGCCAAGAGGAACCUGCAAGAGCUCUUCGUCAACUUCACCCUCAUCCUCAUCUGCCUGCUGCUCAUUUACAUCAUCGUCCUGCUGAGCAGCUGAGAGCAGCAGAGACUCGGCUGUACUUUGGACGAAGCUCCCCUGCCCCCCUCUUUCCCAAGGGAAUGAUCGAAAGUGACCCAUCUUCAACAGUUUAAACUUCACUGAUACUGUAUGUAUGUAUGUAUGUAUAUCUGCCAGCUGCUCAUUCAGAUUAACACCCUGCUUACUUUACAAUGAUUUAAGGUGAUGUACAAAUGACACUGGCUUCCUCCAUUCAAGACAUACUGUAGGACAAUGUCCGCUGCUUUAGCAAUGAUAGGUGCAAUGUGUACAACACUGAAAUAAACACGUCACUGUUGUUUAACUUCCAUUUCCCAUGAGCCACGCUGCUUCCUGUAUCCCCACCCCACGCAGCAGAAAGCAAAACAUGUUGGAAAAGAUUUUAUUUCUAUUAGUAUACACUUCCUCAUAUGACGUGAUGUGAAUCGCUUUCUGUGGAUGGAAGCUAAAGAUUACACUAUUUAAAAAAAAAACUGAUAAUACAAUCUGCAGCUUAAACUUACAUUUAUGGGUAAAUUAUGGAUUAAUUCAGUAACUAUAAUGUAGUGUUUUGGUCACAACUGCAACAAGAAAGUAUUUAGAAAUCAAUACAUCUCAGAUUCAGUUUCUCCAUAGCAACGGUAAUCAAAGCUCAUGGGUGUUGUAGUAUUCAGAGUCAUCUGCCAUGUCAAACUGAACACAUAAAACAUAAUUGAAACAAAGCUAAAACAAUGAGAACCGAUGGCCAUAAUAUAAACCUAUGGGAUUGUUACAUUAUGCAGAUGACAAACAGAUUUCCAUGUUGAGUAACAUUGAGGAUAUCAUUAGAAUAAAAAGCUGAAAUGUGAAUUCUGAGUGGGCAAACUUUCCAACUAUUUAAAACUACUUAAGGGAACAGGGAAUUGGAAAGUCAAAUUGGACCCAUCUGUUUAAUCUACAAUGUGUAAUUUAUGAGAAUAGGACAUAUUUUGAUCUAAUUACUGUCAAGCUAGUUGAUCAUGUGACAACCUGUGAAGCCAAUCAUCUUGUGUUACACUCAGUGUUCCUUGGACUUAUUCUUGCUUUUUAUAAAAACAUAUUACUUGAUAAAAAAAACACUUGGAGAUCAUUCUAAGUACUAUAGGUCUAUAAAGUGCAUAUUCAACUUUUAGGCAGCUUCCUUGCAGGUGUUUCUGAAGUUAUACAUAAACAUUUCAGCCUUAUAAUGAUGUAAAGUAUGGACUGUUUUUGCUUUACUUUGAGGUUCAGGGGUAAAAAUACAUCUGUUUAGAGCGUUAAGUGAAAAUAGAGAGCUUCAAACACACACCACAGAUAUAAGCCUGACAUAUACUGUGUACAAUACAUGCAGUUUAUCAUUUGUGAAGGAAAGCUUACUUUGCAUGGUGUGAUAUCACUUAAUGACCUUUUCUGUCUAAGCCAUGUAUGUUUUGACUAAUGCUGACAUUUUUUGGGUUUAUGAACAAUGGUGUACAAAAUAAACUGUAGUCAUGUUUUGAAAAGGGAAUUUCAAGCCCACAAUAAUAAUUAUUAAUAUUAUUAUUACAAAACUUUAGAAAAUACAAUUUGCCAGCCAAAAAAUGUCCAAUGCUGCACAUUUUAAUACCUUCACUGUAAAAACAAACAAACAUUGGAUUAUGAGUUAUUGAGAGAAAUUGUUUUGUCCUCUCCAUGUAUGUUUGGAAAUUUGUACCACGUGACUUUUAAACUGUGGAACACCAAAUACACUGCAUGUCCAUGCAUAAAAUAAAAUAAACUGUUUUCUCGUGAUGUA